CCAACAGCUCAAGAUCAAACUAUCAAAAGGACGUAAAUAUAGUUCAAUUUCAGAACAUUUCAUAUAUGUUGAUGGAGAAAUUAAACAAACCAUUGAAACUUAUUUAUUAACAAACUUUUAAAAAAUUGUGCAAUAGCUUUUUUGGGGGGUAAAAACAAAAAACAAUUCAAGUAAAUCGGUCUUUGGAUAAACUUUGGUGUUGCUAUGGCGGUAAAGGAAGCGUAAUGGCUGCCUUAGAAAGGACAAUAACUACUUUACACGCUUGAAGAACUUCUGACAUCACUUUAAAGAGCUAGAAAACCACCCCAAAAUUACAAACUGAUAUUAUUUUUAUUUUGCAUGAAGUAAGGAGCAUGUUGUUAGAAAAAAGAGAUGCUUUAAGCAAUAAUGUCUGCUUUGUCAUCAGUUCCCGCAGUUUUAAAGCUCAAUCAUGCACCAAGGGACUCAAUGGGUCCCUUCAAUCACGAUGAUGGAAGUACAAAAUCUUAUGAUAUUCCAUUAAAACCAUUCAAAGCAAAUUAUAACACACCAACACUUGGUGAUAUUCUUCGAGGUGCUGAUUCAAUAACAAGCAUUACAUUUAAUUCCUCAGUUCUUCAUAAAAUAACUGAUUCAGGUCAAGAUGAUGAACAUGUAGGAAAAUCUCCAUCAACUGCUUCAAGAUUGUCCCCUUAUAGAAAUAUUGCCUCGCCAUCAUACAACACCCUAUUGACGUCAGCCGCUAAUGCAAGACCAGUAUACAAUACUAACAGGUCAGCUGGGAGUUCAAAGAAUGAAAAUCAGAUCAUAGAAGAUUCAGAAAGUAUACCAGAUAGUAUGAAGCUUAAAGGCAGUAAAUAUAAAGUGAAAGAUAAUAACUCCUCUGCUUCCAAGGAGUCGAAAAAUCAUUUAAGCAAAAAAGGUAGAAGAAGCAGGAAAAGAUCAAGAUCAGCGAUUGGAAGAAGUAAAGGUCAGAAUGUUGUAGACCGACUUUAUCAACCACCACAAAAUAAUGGUGCAAAGACACCAUCUGGUAAACCAGAUAUUAAAUUAAAGCCACAACCAAAUGAUAUAAGAGAUCCCUCUAUUGGUAAUGGAUUAAGUCUUGGUGCUAUGCAAAUAUCUUUAUGUAAACCUGUAACUAUUCAUAAUAAUAAACCAGAUAGGAGAGACACGAAAUCUGAAGUGCCGAGAAGGUAUAGUGAAAGAGUUUAUACUGCGUCCACCUCAAAAUCUCUUGUUCAGAAAGAAAUUGUGGAUGUUCCGAAAGAAGCUGUGGUUUUACCUCUUGUAACGAAUAGUUCACUUGUAAAAUCAAUAACACAGACUGAAAUUGCUAGAAGAACAAACAACUUCUUCUCACCGUCAACAAAUAAACUCCCAAUGCAUAUGGGAGGAUCAUCGAUUAAAAAUCAAAACCAGUCUGAUAGUGCUAACAAAGUGACUAAAAUUUAUCUUUCUGACAAACACUCAGGGACAGUGAAGGAUUGUGGGAUUGAAAUGCCAUGUGCACCACCUGCCACCCCUACUCCAGAACAAAUGAGGAAGGUGGAAUAUAUACCUAGUCUAACUGAUAUCAGAUCCCAGAGAGCAGUAAAAGUUAAAUUACAGGUGCUAGAGAAAGAAGCUCAGAAAAGAAUGGAAAAGCAACAGAUUGAAAGAGACAAAAUAGAAAAGCAGAACAAAAAACUGAUGGAAAAAGAUUUAAAACAACAACAGAGGUUGCAGAUUUAUGCACUGAAUAAAGUAAUGACAGAGUUGGAGAAUUCAAGAUUUAAAGAAUUCUGUGCCAAGAAAGGAAUAAAGAUGUCUUGAUAGUGACCUACUUUAGGAUUUAAACGAAUUACUCAAAACCAGGGCUUUCUCAACUUGAAUUCUGUGAAUUCAACAAUUUUGCUAGUAUGGUAUAUAGGACCAGCCAUCGACGAACAACAGAGGCUUCUUCAAUCCUAGGAUGAUUCUAAUUUUAGAUAUUUUAUAUGUUUUAAGAUAGUGAUGGUUUUUUUUUGUACGGCAUAUUUGCUAAGAGAGUAAAUUUUUGUACGACAUAUUGCAUAGAGAGUGAAUUUUUGUACAGCAAAUAUUGCUAAGAGAGUAAAAAUGCAUUUUUUUCUAUGACAUUUAGGAAAAAAAGCAGCAUGUUAUGAUCAUGACAUACAACAUGAGAUCUUUUAUUUGUAGAAUACAAUUUAAUCAAUUUACUGUUAGAAUCAUGAUUAUUUGUUCUUGAUAGUUCAAAAUACUGCCACUUUAUCAUUAAAAUUAUGUUAUUCUCUAUUUCAUUUAAAAAAAAAUCAUUAUCUAGAUAAAACCACAUUUGUUUUAUCAAUUAUAUGUUUUUUGAUGUAUCAAUACAGUUUAUAUAGAAAACUAAAGGUUAUGAAGUGUCUGAUUCUGUUGUUAGUACUGAAAACCAACUAAUUUUCAUGGCUUUCUAGAGACGAAAAAUAAUGUGAAUAUAAAUUGUUUUGUCUAUCAUGAAUAUAAUUUAACAAAAAAAUACUAAGAACUUAAGCCAAUUGCAAGAAUUGUUAUCUGAAAUUCGCUAGUCUAAAAAAGAAUAGUACUGGCCAAAGUAUGAUGGUGUACAGUAUUUUGAUACAAACAAGUUUAUUGUUUGAUAUUCUGUAUUGUUUGUGAGGUUAUUUAUCAUUCAAUUAUGUGUGUUUUGAGUAUGGCUAAAACAUCAUUAUCAUAUCAUGUUAUCAUUUACAAAGUCUCUAAUGUAAAACUAAUGUAACUGAAACUAUUACUUGUUACAAAGAUAUACAUGAUAAUUCACCAUUAUUAUUCUCAUUAAAACUCUUUUACUUUUAUAAAGUAAGGCCUUUAUACAUACAGCUUACAAAUCAGUAUGCAUUUUACUCAUUUUUAAAAGACUGUACUGGUUGCCCAAUACUUAACUAAUCCUCAUUUGAAAUUUGGUUGAUGGUUGUCUCAUUAGGAAUCAUAUCUCCUUCUUAAAUUAUCAUAAAUUGCAUCUAAACAAAUGAAUUUUUGCUUUGGUCUCUAUAAAUCAUUUAUUUUAAGAUGAUCUUUAUUUUAAACUAAAUGAAUAAUAUGUACUAUCAAUUUAUCAUGUUUAUUAAUAGAUUUAUCCAAACUUGGUCCUGACUUUCCAUGGAAAAGGAGUAUGGAGUAAUGAAAAAAGGCAAACAUACCAUUUCUCUACUUGAUUUUUUUCUCUCACAUUUUUCUAAAAUGAAAAAUACAAAUAAUUUCAGUCAUGAACAUCAUUUGUUGUUUUCUUUUAAUUUAACAAUGAAAUGGACAUAUUAAAACUGUUCCAAGAGACAUCUCUUUAGACUUAUAAAGGGAGAUAAUUCAAAUGUACUAAGAUUUGUUAAAAAUGGGAGAUAACCCAGAUGUUCGAAGAUUUGUUAAAAAUGAGAGAUAACCCAGAUUUUCUAAGAUUUAUUUACAGUUGGUGCAGAUUGACAAUAAAAUCUGAUAAGAAUAUUUGAAUGAAAUUAUAAAUAUUUAUAAGAUUUUAAUUCUCUGUUGUCUACAUUUUAAUAGGAUGUUAA